AUGGCCAACAAGACAGAUGAAUGCCUCUGCAUCUCCCUCCAGACAACCACAAGGUGUGCAGUCAAUGUUCUUCUGCAAGCCAUUGCUCCAGAGAUCGCCAUCAUAAUUGAGGAGGAGCAAACUGCAAACCACAUAUGGAAAUAUCUUGAACAAUGCUACUCCAAGGGGACCAUCAUCCAACCAUAUGUCCUCCUCACCAAACUUAUCCACCUUGUCCAGGUGGGAAGUGUCAAUGAGUUUUUCUCCAACAUCGAGCAUAUUGCCAAUGAGAGAGCUCUGAUGGGUCAUCCAAUUGACACCAGAAUGAAGCUUGGCUGCUUACUCCACAGCAUUCAACCACAUCUCCGCCCAUACACCAUGGCUUAUGAAGCAUGGUGGGAGUUGCUUGCCCUCAGCAAGACCACCAAGUCUGCCAGAUCAUCCAAUGCAGACUAUGAGCUUCAACUUGUGCAAUUGUUUGAAGCUACCACCAUGGGCCUACACAAUUAUGAGGAGUCUGUGCAUCUCAAGGAAGAUGAGACUGACAGUAUGACACUCAUAGCUCGCUUCACAAACCUAGGGAGCCUUCAACAAUGCUCCUCCACUCUUUCCCAGGGCAAACCUAAUGCUGCAGUGGCCAACCAAGUCAUCUGCUGGAAAUGCAGUCACCAUGGUCAUAUAUCGACAGAAUGCCCUGACCCUGAAAAGGAGGAGAAACAGGGCAAGCGAGGAAAGAGAGGCAAGGGAAAGCAAAAGAGUGACAGUGCCAAGUCAGCCAGGGAGAACAGAAAUAAUCAAAGUGACCAAAAUGCACAUGUCUUGACUGUUCUCACCACAGGUACAGCCAACAAGAAAGUCAUUGAGGGCUGGAUCUGGGAUACUGGUGCUGAUGUUCACAUCUGCAAGGAUGAGUCACUCAUGACAGACAUAUGA